AUGUUUGGGAAGAAGAAGAAGCGGGUAGAGAUCUCAGCACCAUCCAACUUCGAGCACCGCGUGCACACUGGCUUCGACCAGCAUGAGCAGAAGUUCACGGGGCUGCCCCGCCAGUGGCAGAGCCUGAUCGAGGAGUCAGCUCGUCGGCCCAAGCCCCUCAUCGACCCCGCCUGCAUCACUUCCAUCCAGCAUGAGGCCCCCAAGACCAUCGUGCGGGGCAGCAAAGGUGCCAAGGAUGGGGCCCUCACGCUGCUACUGGAUGAGUUUGAGAACAUGUCAGUGACACGCUCCAAUUCCCUGAGGAGAGACAGCCCGCCUCCACCACCCGCUCGUGCCCGCCAGGAAAAUGGGACGCCCUCGGAGCAGGCCGCCGUACCCAGAGAGGGCCUGGAGAAGGCGGGCCGCCAAAGCCGGGUUGCUGGCCGCCGUGAGGGGAGUGGCAGCAGUGGUGACAAGCGGCGGGUGGGGCCGGAGAAGAAGCCCAAGUCUUCCAGGGAGGGCUCAGGGGGGCCCCAGGAACCCUCCCGGGACAAGCGACCCCUUUCUGGGCCUGACGUCAGCACCCCCCAACCUGCUGGUGUGGCCAGUGGGGCGAAGGUGGCUGCUGGCCGGCCCUUUAACACGUACCCGCGGGCUGAUACGGAUCAUCCAUCCCGGGGCGCCCAGGGGGAGCCUCACAACAUGGCCCCCAAUGGGCCAUCAGUGGGGGCCCUGGCUGUCCCACAGUCCUCCUCCUCCCGGCCUCCGGCCCGAGCUCGGGGCCCCCCCAGCCCUGGAGUGCUGGGCCCCCAUGCCUCCGAGCCCCAGCUGGCCCCUCCAGCCCGAACCCUCACUGCCCCUACGGGCACCCCCGCCUCUGGGCCUCCUGACCCCCGCUCUCCACAGCGGGAACCCCAGCGUGUGUCCCAUGAGCAGUUCCGGGCUGCUCUGCAGCUGGUGGUGGACCCGGGCGACCCCCGCUCCUACCUGGACAACUUCAUCAAGAUCGGCGAGGGCUCCACGGGCGUCGUGUGCAUCGCCACCGUGCGCAGCUCCGGGCGCCUGGUGGCCGUCAAGAAGAUGGACCUGCGCAAGCAGCAGCGGCGGGAGCUGCUCUUCAAUGAGGUGGUGAUCAUGCGCGACUACCAGCACGAGAAUGUGGUGGAGAUGUACAACAGCUACCUGGUGGGCGAUGAGCUCUGGGUGGUGAUGGAGUUCCUGGAGGGCGGUGCCCUCACUGACAUCGUCACCCACACCAGGAUGAACGAGGAGCAGAUUGCCUCAGUGUGCCUCGCCGUGCUGCAGGCCUUGUCUGUGCUCCACGCCCAGGGCGUCAUCCACCGGGACAUCAAGAGUGACUCCAUCCUGCUGACCCACGACGGCAGGGUAAAGCUGUCAGACUUCGGGUUCUGCGCCCAGGUGAGCAAGGAGGUGCCACGGAGGAAGUCAUUGGUUGGCACGCCCUACUGGAUGGCCCCAGAGCUCAUCUCCCGCCUUCCCUACGGGCCAGAGGUGGAUAUCUGGUCGCUGGGGGUGAUGGUGAUUGAGAUGGUGGACGGGGAACCCCCCUACUUCAAUGAGCCACCCCUCAAAGCCAUGAAGAUGAUUCGGGACAACCUGCCACCCCGACUGAAGAACCUGCACAAGGUGUCACCGUCCCUGAAGGGCUUCCUUGACCGCCUGCUGGUGCGUGACCCAGCCCAGCGGGCCACGGCAGCCGAGCUGCUGAAGCACCCGUUCCUGGCCAAAGCGGGCCCGCCCGCCAGCAUCGUGCCCCUCAUGCGCCACAACCGCACCAGAUGA